ACGCCUACAGAUUUACCUCAGGUUUUCCUUCGCCCACUUCUCCCUGGGCUUGUCCCAGCUCCCCGGAGUUACCUCAGACUUUCCCACCCGCCUGUCCUAGUUCUCCCUCAGACUUGUCCCAGGUGUCCCCCUUUCCCCUUUAUCUCUCCCAGGCUUUUCUCCUCCUUAGCCUCCCCUUCUCCCCCAGCCACUCACAGCCCCCCUGACUCUUCUCUCAUGCCGAGUUGCCGGGGCGGGCCUUCCCCUCGGUGCGCCCAGGUGAGUGGGGUGCAGGCCCUGGGGUUUGGCUUGCCCCAGCCUUCCCGCAGGUCUGCCCGGGCCCCGAUGCCCCUCAAGUGAGUGUGUGUGGGGUUGAGUUGGGCCUUGAAAAAUGGCCUCGGAGGCAGUGAAGGUGAUCGUGCGCUGCCGGCCCAUGAACGAGCGGGAGAAGGCUCUCGGCUGCAAGGCGGUCGUCAGCACGGAGAGCGCGCGGGGCCAGUGUUUCCUCCAAAACCCCGCUGCUGCUGGCGAGCCCCCGAAGCAGUUCACCUUCGAUGGGGCGUACUACCAGGAGCACAACACGGAGCAGAUCUACAACGAGAUCGCCUACCCGCUUGUGGAGGGUGUCACUGAAGGCUACAAUGGCACCAUAUUUGCCUAUGGCCAGACAGGCAGUGGGAAAUCAUUCACCAUGCAGGGAGUCGUGGAUCCUCCAACUCAGAAAGGCAUCAUACCCAGGGCACUUGAACACAUUUUUGAGAGCGUACAGUGUGCUGAAAAUGCCAAGUUCUUGGUGAGAGCUUCCUACCUGGAGAUUUACAAUGAAGACGUACGAGACCUUCUGGGAGCUGAUACCAAGCAAAAGUUGGAGCUGAAGGAACACCCAGAGAAAGGGGUGUACGUGAAGGGGCUGUCUCUGCACACCGUGCACAGCGUGCUCCAGUGCGAGCAGAUCAUGGAGACAGGCUGGAGAAACCGAGCAGUGGGUUACACCCUCAUGAAUAAAGACUCUUCCCGCUCCCACUCCAUCUUUACUGUCAAUAUGGAAAUCUACACUGUUGAUGAGAGAGGGCAGGACCACCUUAGGGCUGCAAAACUCAAUUUAGUGGAUCUGGCAGGAAGCGAGAGACAGUCAAAAACAGGAGCCACAGGGGAGCGGCUCAAAGAGGCCACCAAAAUCAACCUCUCCCUCUCAGCUCUGGGCAACGUCAUCUCAGCCCUGGUCGAUGGCAGGUGUAAGCACAUCCCCUACCGAGACUCAAAGCUGACCAGGCUGCUGCAAGACUCCCUCGGAGGGAACACCAAGACACUGAUGGUAGCAUGUUUAUCUCCGGCUGAUAACAACUAUGACGAAAGCCUCAGUACUUUGCGCUAUGCUAAUCGAGCAAAAAACAUCAAGAACAAGCCCUGUAUCAAUGAGGACCCCAAGGAUGCUCUGCUGAGGGAGUAUCAGGAGGAGAUUAAGAAGCUGAAGGCCAUUCUAGCUGAACAGAUGGGCACAAAUAACUUGUCGGGGCUUCUACCUGCUGAGACUGCUCACCUGGCAGCGAAGCCAGCUCCCCUCCUCAAACCCCAGUUAGAUCUUGAAACAGAGAAGCAGCUGAUCAGAGAAGAGUACGAGGAGAGGCUGGCCCAGCUAAAGGCCAGCUAUGAAGCAGAGCAGGCGUCCCGUGCCCGCCUCGAAGAGGACAUCAGUAGCCUGAGGAGUCACUAUGAUCUCAAGCUGUCUGCUCUCGAGGAGAACCUCAGGAAGGAAGCAGCUGCUGUGAAGACUGAAACUACUCCUGAUGAGGCACCUUUGCCUGAAGACUCUGGUGCUGCAGCAGAUGAAGAACCAAUGUCAGCCCAGGACUCAGCAGAGCCUCGGACUGUGCAAGAGGCUGGUGGUGUGAGCAGGGGAAGUGCUGGAGCAGCAGUGGCUGGUGCUGCUGAGGGGAUUGUGCUGCCUGCAGACCAGCAGCAGGUGCUUGCCAGGCUGCAGAUGCUAGAGCAACAGGUGGUUGGAGGGGAACAGGCUAAAAACAAGGACCUCAAAGAAAAGCAUAAACGCCGGAAAAAAUAUGCGGACGAGCGGAGAAUGCAGCUGGUGGCUGCACUGCAGCAGUCUAACGAGGACAGCAGUGAUUGGGUUCUGCUUAACGUCUACGACUCCAUCCAGGAGGAGGUUCGAGCCAAGAGCAAGCUUCUGGAGAAGAUGCAGGAGAAGCUGCGGGCUGCCGAGACAGAGAUCAAAGAUCUGCAGUCAGAGUUUGAGCUGGAAAAGAUCGAUUAUCUCAGCACCAUCCGCCGCCUGGAGCGAGAGCUGAUGCUUUUCCAGCAGCUGCUGGAUCAGGUGCAGUCCCUGGUCCGCCGCGACUGUAACUACAGUAAUCUGGAGAAGAUCAAGCACGAAUCCGUCUGGGAUGAGGAAACCGGCUGCUGGAAAAUUCCAGAGCCUGUCAUUCAAAAAACGCACCUGCCCGCAGCAGUUCCAGCCCUGCCGCAGCCCAGACCUGCCCAGAAGAGCCCUUCAGCCGAGAGCCAAGACCUAACGCCCGAGGAAGACCGCUACAAGCUGGUGCUGAACAGGAGCGACAGCGAGACCAUCGCCAGCAACUACUUCCGCUCCAGACGUGCCAGCCACAUCCUCCACCCCGACCCAACCAAGAACAGAGUCCGGCUGUGGUGGCUGCUGGCGGUGGCGGCGGCCGGGGCUGAGGGGGGACCCCGCACUCUGGUGCUGCUGGAGAACGGCAACCUGAGGGACACGCACUCGCUCUUCUUCCGCAGCCUGGCGGACAGGGGCUUUGAUCUCACUUUCCGGACAGCGGAUGAUGCGGGCUUGUCCCUGAUAAAAUACGGAGAAUUCCUGUAUGACAACUUGAUCAUUUUCUCGCCAUCCAUAGAAGAUUUUGGUGGAAACAUCAACGUGGAGACCAUCACCGCUUUCAUUGACGGUGGCGGCAGUGUCCUUGUUGCUGCCAGCUCAGACAUUGGCGACCCGCUGCGAGAGCUGGGCAGCGAGUGUGGGAUCGAGUUUGAUGAGGAAAGGACAGCUGUCAUCGACCAUCACAACUACGAUAUAUCUGACCCUGGCCAGCACACGCUCAUAGUUGCAGACGCUGAAAAUCUCCUGAAGGCCCCCACCAUUGUGGGGAAAGCGGUGCUGAACCCCAUCCUUUUCCGAGGAGUUGGGAUGGUGGCUGAUCCCGACAACCCGCUAGUGCUGGAUAUCCUGACCGGCUCUUCUACCUCCUACUCCUUCUUCCCAGAUAAGCCUAUUACUCAGUACCCACACGCGGUCGGGAAGAACACCCUUCUGAUCGCGGGACUCCAGGCCCGGAACAACGCCCGCGUUGUUUUCAGUGGCUCCUUGGAUUUCUUUAGUGACGCUUUCUUCAAUUCUGCUGUGCAGAAGGCUACUCCUGGCUCCAAGAGGUACUCGCAGACUGGUAAUUACGAACUGGCUGUUGCCUUGUCCCGCUGGGUGUUCAAGGAAGAGGGCGUGCUGCGUGUCGGAGCUGUGUCCCACCACCGUGUGGGGGAACUUGCGCCGCCCAACGCCUACACUGUCACCGACCUUGUGGAGUACAGCAUUGUCAUCGAAAAGCUUUCCAACGGCAAGUGGGUCCCUUUUGACGGAGACGAUAUUCAGCUGGAGUUCGUCCGCAUCGAUCCCUUCGUGCGGACUUUCCUGCAGAGGAACGGCGGCAAAUACAGCGUGCGGUUCAAGCUGCCGGACGUCUACGGGGUGUUCCAGUUUAAAGUGGAUUAUAACCGCCUGGGUUACACCCACCUCUACUCCUCCACCCAGGUGUCUGUGCGUCCCCUCCAGCACACGCAGUAUGAACGGUUCAUCCCCUCAGCGUACCCAUACUACGCCGGCGCCUUCUCCAUGAUGGUUGGUCUCUUCAUGUUCAGCAUUGUCUUCCUGCACAUGAAGGAGAAGGAAAAAUCUGACUGAGCUCCCUGGGGGAGGAGAAGCCUUUUCCCCAGGGACGGACAGCGCCCGGGACCCGCGUUGGUAACGUGUGAGGACUGGUAGGUGCUGGAGACGCUGUGGAUUUGCGUUUGGACUUUUUAUUUUUACACACUGUGGGGAAUUAAUAGGAAAAAAAAUGCAAUUUGGGGGGGAAAUCUGUCACCGAAGCAUCUGCAGACAUGGAACUGUGAUGCCUUUUGUUGUUCCUUGAUGACUCUUGCCCCGCUGUUGGGAUGAUUUUGAUUCGAGAUGAACUCCCUUCUCAAAAUAAAGUCUCGUUCCUGUCA